AUGACCACCUUGGAGAUUGCAAAUAGAAAAAAGGAGAAUAGACUGAGUAGAAGGCUCACUGUCAGUACUACAGAGCCUUACAUCAACAUUCGACCCAUCAUUAAAAAGGCCGAUAAAGAGGCAGCUUAUACGCUGAGUGAAGCUUAUGCAGACAACAGCCUACUCAACUGGGUGACGGGUUCCAUCAAGGAUCAAAAGAAAAAGUUUGAAAUUUAUCAGGACAUCUUCAAGGUGCUUAUCAGGACAGCGGCAAGUGAGAGCCGAGAAUUUGCAGUACAGUUGAACGGAUGCAAAGGCGUGUUGCUUUGGUCAGAGGGACACAGCGACGUCUUGUCGAUCGGUAAUGUCAUGAGCAAAAGAAGACUUUGGGGAAGUUUGGGCGGAUUAGCGACCAUGCGAGCGACAUUGAUUCAACAUCGACAUCUCAGUAAGAUGAAGAAGAAGAUCAUGGCAGGUCGAAAUCAUCUCUCCAUCAAUUUCAUUGGCGUAUUACCAGCAGAAAGAAGACAGCAUGUAGGCACCCAUCUCCUGCAAUACGCACUUAGCAAGGCAGACGAGGCCCAACUACCUGUAUUUGCUGAAGUUUGGGGCCAACACUGCCUCAGUUGGUUUCAGAAAUUCGAUUUUCAGGUGCAAGCGGAUAAGAACUUUAGUGAUAAAGAGAAUGUUCAGAUUUAUUAUGUGGUGCGUGAACCCAGAACAGAGCCAGGAACGCCUAUGAAGGUCAUGACACCAGCCGAUGCCAUGGCUGCUCUACAUUUAGAACCACCGAGAGAGGACGCACUGGUGUCUUUGGAACAGAAUGCCGACUAA